AUGUUCUAUUUGCGACGAAUUCUACUUCCACAAGUACCUUCAACGUCGACAAGAACGUUUUUCCAAGUGUCGGCUGCUUUCACAUAUUCGAAUGAAAGUAUACGACGAUUCACAACAAGUUCAGAUCAGACAGAAGAAAAUUUAGGGAAGUUUGUUCGCGUUGAAACAACAGGAUACUCAUUCACCGAUCCGAACGGAAAACGUGUCGCCAAAUAUGGAAUUUAUUGGGGAAAAGACGAUCCGCGUAAUGGUAUUCGAACACUUCCUGACGGCUCGUCCAAUAUUGCAGCCAUGCUAACAGCUAUUUUGGAAGCAAUCAACGUUGCCCGAGAAGAGGAUCCAACGCCAUCCUUGUUGAUUUAUUCGGAUUUAACUUCAUGUGAAACAUUGCUUCGAGAUCUUUCAGUAUGGGCUAAACGAGACUUUUACUCUAGGAAUCAUGCUAUGAAGCUGAAAAACGCUGAAAUUCUUCAUGAACUCUUUGUAGCUGUUCAAGGAUUACAUUUAAAAAUCAAGCACAGAGCGACAAAUACACCGGAGGAACCGAUUAACCGAGUGACUUCUGCUAUUUUGGAAACUGCUAACAAGAAGAUAAAAGAAAAAACAGAGAUACAAGUAGAUAAGGAAAAAGAAGAAGUCAAAGUGGGAACGACGUUAGAUAAAACUGGAAAUUUGGCAAAAGAAGAAUCUCAAAAUUGGCAAAAAGUGUAUGUUGCUAAGAGGUGUAGAAAUAACGAAGGAUUCGUCUCUGCCGGCUUCUGUACGCAUUGGCCGGAUGGAAGUACUGCUCGAGGAAAAUCGUUUCGAUAUGCGCCGUUCCCAGUAACUCCGUUCAGAGCAGAACUUGCAGCCAUUGAGGAAGCUCUGAAAGAAGCAGUAGACGCUGAACUUGAAAAUGUGACAGUUAUCACUUCAUCCGCACAUUUUAUGUCUGGAUGGCGACGACGAUGGGUUCGAACUUCUGAAGACCACGUCCCAUUUACCGGACGAGUUUUCUAUGAGAGAAUUUGUGAUUUAUGUUCAAGACUGAAACAAGUUCAUUUCCGAUACGAAGAAGAAGAUUCUGAAUCAGAACUUGGAAAAGAAUUAGAGAAAAAAUGUAAUCAAGGGUUAUCAUACGCAUUGAUUGGGAAGGAUACUUCAGAAUAUGAAUUGCAGAUUGAUGACUUGGUUAGAGAGAAAGAGUAUAGACAAGACGGUAUUCCCGUUGUUCGCCUCUUCAAAACUGGAACCGAUUUGAAUGCUGGGUAUGUGUGGGAGGAUGACGAAAAGAAAGAUGGUGUCAGUUGCUGUGGUACUCCAGCAGUUCUCAUACGAAUUCUCGAGGAAGCAAUCGAUCGAAAUGAAGACGCGAUCAUCAUUCGCGCAGAUUCGGAGAAGCUCAUAAAAAGUUUUGAAGCUCAUUUGGAGGUUUGGCGACGGAACGGAUGGAGAAAUUCUCAACAUAAACGAAUCGGAAAGUCAGCCGAAUGGGAGAAAGCGUGGAAACUGAAACAGAAAGUUCACGUCACCUGGGAAAUUAUGGAUACCAUAGAUGAUAAUGACCGACAACAGAACGACAAAAUUCCUGUUUAUGAAAAACGAAGUGUUUUGUAA